CGCCAAAUCAACUUCAUAGUUCAGACGCCAUGAAAGCAGCACUUCAACUUUACACUCGGUGAGAUUGACACAAAUAUUUCUACCUGGCCUCCAUGAUCAAUCUGCGAUUAAAACACCUCAAGUUUAGGAUCUCAAACAUCAAUUCUUGCAAUUCCAAUCCCUCAAGCUCCACACCAUAUCACACUUACCGUUAUCCUCACAGGCAACCCGCCUCAGACCCGCCCCAAGAGCGGCGGAGGACGGCCUUUAAGCGCAAGCCAAUUCCAUUCCUUGCGGAUCUUAAAAAAACCAGUGUCCCAGAUGAUCUACUCUCCCUCUUCCACGAUUACCAGAAAAUGGGCUUCAAGCAUGACUACCCUUCCUACUCUUCUGUAAUCUAUAGACUCGCUAAAAUUCGAAACUUUGAUGCAGUGGACACGCUUCUUGAUCGCCUUAAAGCUCACAAUAUCCGCUGCAGAGAGACUCUCUUCAUCGGGUUGAUUGGGCACUACGGAAAAUGCCAGCUGGUUGACAAGGCGAUUCGUCUUUUCCACGAGAUGAAGAUGUCUUUCAACUGUCUCCGCUCACUGCAGUCCUUCAACGCGCUUCUCAAUGUGUUGGUGGAGAACGGGAGGCAUCGAGAAGCUGAUGACAUGUUCAGGGGUUGCUCUAGUUUGGGGUUUCGCCCGAAUUCUGUUUCCUUCAAUAUCCUGAUAAAGAUGUAUCUUGAGAAGGGCGAACCUGAAAGCGCCCGCCAACUGUUCGAUGAAAUGCUUGACAGAGAAGUUGAGCCCACAGUCGUGACGUACAAUACUCAAAUCGGGUUCUUGUGUAAAAGGGGUGAGUUCGAACAGGGAAAACGUUUGUUCAAGGAUAUGGUUAGGAAAGGGAAGAAGCCAAAUGAGGUCACCUAUGCUUUACUGAUGGAAGGUUUGUGUUUAUUAGGAAAGUACAAGGAUGCCAGGAAGUUAAUGUUUGAUAUGGAUUACCAAGGGUGUAAACCACGGAUCGUCAACUAUGGUGUUUUGAUGAGUGAUCUUGGGAAGAAAGGCAAGAUUGAAGAUGCGAAAAGUUUGCUGGUUGAGAUGAAGAAAAGGCAUUUCAAGCCCGAUGCUUCGAUCUACAAUGUGUUUGUUGGUUAUUAUUGCAGAGAAGAUAGACCUGUUGAGGCUUACAGAGUUUUAGUUGAAAUGCAGAUUGCUGGUUGCAAACCGGCUGCCAUUACUUACAGAAUGGUGUUUGAUGGGUUCUGUAAGGCGGGACAAUUCGAAGAAGGUUUGAAGGUUUUCAAUGCAAUGUCAACAAGUGGACACUUUCCACGGAGUGAAACACUUCGUCGUUUAGUAGUGGGUUUAUUUGACCUUGGGAAUGUUGAUGACGUGUCCUUCAUUUUCGAGGUAAUGGCUAAGAGGAAAAAGAUGUUUGAUUUUGAUUCAUGGGAAGCUAUAGUCAAGGACUCUUGUGCUCAAAAUAAAGCAUUAGACAACCUUAUAACUGAAAUUGUAUCUUAACAAAUGGGAUUGUUCAAUAGCAUAAUUUAUUGACAGCAGAGCUUGAGCGGGUCAGUGGUACGGUGUGUCAAGAACUUUGGUUGAUGGGGCAAAAAUAAACACAUUUGAAACAUUCCAAA